AUGUCCGCCUCCGUGCCCCCUCCAAAACCGGUCAUCAAAAGCAGCUGGCUGCCGUCCAAGUCCUUCCAGCACUUCGUCGCCGGCGGCUUGGGGGGCAUGUGCGGCGCGAUCGUCACAAGUCCAUUCGACGUCGUCAAGACUCGCCUCCAGUCGGAUCUCUUCCGCGGCAAGGUCGCUUCCGUGACCAUCGAGGCCAACGGAGCCGGCACGCUCGCCGUCCGCCGCAACGUCCUCUGGCACUUUGUCGAGACGAUGCACAUUAUCCGGUCCCGACAUCUACCGCGAGGAGUCCCGCGCGCGCUCUUCAAGGGCCUCGGACCCACUCUCGUCGGCGCCGUGCCAGCGCGCUCCAUCAACUUCUUUACUUACGGCAACGGCAAGCACAUCAUCGCAGAGAACUUCAACCAUGGCGUCGAAAACUCGUAUGUCCACCUCGCCGCUGCCGCGAUCGCGGGGGUUGCGACCGGCACCGCGACGAAUCCCAUCUGGGUCAUCAAGACCCGCUUACAGCUGGACACCCACCCGGUCUCGUCCGCGACCGGCGCCGCGUCAGCCCCAGGCAGUCGUAACUUCCUGGGUGCGUCGAUGGGCAUGGCGAGGAAGAUCCUGCGCGAAGAGGGCUUCCGCGGCUUCUACAAAGGGCUCAGCGCGAGCUACCUGGGCGUGGCGGAGACGACGAUCCAGUGGACUCUCUAUGAGCGCCUGAAGCGGUUAACGGCCGGAACGCAGAGCAGGGGUGGAGUGCAAGAGUGGCUGGGUAUGAUUGGGAGCGCAGGGUCGGCAAAGUGUGUUGCGACGCUGAUCACAUAUCCGCAUGAGGUCAUCCGCACACGACUACGACAGCCCCUGGUCAACGGCAGGAUGAAGUACACUGGCCUUGUUCAGACGCUUCAGCUUGUCAUAAAAGAGGAAGGCGUCGCCUCAUUAUACGGUGGGCUUAGUGCUCAUCUUAUGCGUGUCAUCCCGAACGCGGCUGUGAUGUUCUUCAUUUAUGAGGCCGUGCUACGGAUGGCAUAG